GCCGUAUUGGAAGGUUGGCCGAGCGGCGAAAGGGCGGGAUUUCCUGUCCGCGGUACGAGCGUGGAGGCCGGAGGGAGCGGCUAGGAGCGAACCGGCCGCUGCCGCCAUGAUCAAGAAAUUCGACAAGAAGGAUGAAGAGUCUGGCAGCGGCUCCAACCCUUUCCAGCAUUUGGAAAAAAGUGCAAUCCUCCAGGAGGCUCGUAUUUUUAACGAGACUCCCAUAAAUCCAAGGAGAUGUCUGCAUAUACUUACCAAGAUCCUUUACUUGCUGAACCAGGGUGAGCAUUUUGGGACCACAGAAGCCACUGAAGCCUUCUUUGCGAUGACAAGAUUAUUUCAGUCCAAUGAUCAAACCUUAAGGAGAAUGUGUUAUCUUACCAUCAAAGAGAUGGCCAACAUUUCAGAGGACGUCAUCAUUGUCACCAGCAGCCUAACUAAAGAUAUGACAGGGAAAGAAGACGUCUACCGGGGCCCUGCGAUUCGAGCGCUCUGUCGGAUCACGGAUGGAACGAUGCUCCAGGCCAUCGAAAGGUACAUGAAGCAAGCCAUUGUAGACAAAGUCCCCAGCGUCUCCAGUUCAGCCUUGGUGUCGUCCUUGCAUAUGAUGAAGGUCAACUAUGAUGUGGUCAAGCGGUGGAUCAAUGAAGCCCAGGAAGCUGCAUCUGGUGACAACGUCAUGGUGCAGUACCAUGCUCUAGGUUUGCUCUAUCAUCUUAGGAAGAAUGACCGCCUUGCUGUUUCCAAGAUGCUGAAUAAAUUCACCAGAUCUGGAUUGAAAUCCCAAUUUGCAUACUGCAUGUUGAUCCGGAUUGCCAGCCGGCUGCUGAAGGAGUCUGAGGAGGGGCACGACAACCCCCUGUUCGAUUUCAUCGAAAGCUGUCUGCGGAACAAGCAUGAAAUGGUUAUUUACGAGGCUGCCUCGGCCAUUAUCCACCUCCCCGACUGCACAGCCCGGGAACUGGCCCCCGCCGUCUCAGUGCUUCAGCUCUUCUGCAGUUCUCCGAAGCCCGUUCUGAGGUAUGCUGCUGUCAGGACACUUAAUAAGGUGGCAAUGAAGCAUCCGUCAGCAGUGACAGCCUGCAACUUGGAUCUUGAGAACCUGAUCACCGACUCGAACCGCAGCAUCGCCACCCUCGCCAUCACCACGCUGCUGAAGACGGGGAGCGAGAGCAGCGUGGACCGGCUCAUGAAACAGAUUUCUUCCUUCGUGUCUGAGAUAUCAGAUGAGUUUAAGGUGGUGGUUGUCCAAGCCAUCAGUGCUCUGUGCCAGAAAUACCCACGGAAACACAGCGUCAUGAUGACCUUCCUAUCCAACAUGCUUCGGGAUGAUGGCGGCUUUGAAUACAAGCGAGCAAUUGUUGACUGCAUCAUCGGCAUCAUCGAAGAGAACCCCGAAAGCAAGGAGUCUGGCCUGGCCCACCUCUGCGAGUUCAUCGAAGACUGCGAGCACACCGUGCUGGCCACCAAGAUCCUCCACCUGCUCGGCAAGGAGGGGCCCAGGACCCCUUCCCCUUCCAAGUACAUCCGCUUCAUUUUCAACCGGGUGGUGCUGGAAAAUGAAGCCGUUCGGGCUGCUGCCGUCAGCGCACUGGCAAAGUUCGGAGCGCAGAAUGAGAAUCUGCUUCCCAGCAUUUUGGUGCUCUUGCAGAGGUGUGUGAUGGAUAGUGACGAUGAGGUCCGGGACCGAGCCACCUUCUACCUGAACGUGCUGCAGCAAAGGCAGCUGGCUUUGAACGCUGCUUACAUCUUCAAUGGUCUGACCGUCUCCAUUCCUGGGAUGGAAAAGGCCCUGCACCAGUACACACUGGAGCCUUCAGACAAGCCUUUCGACAUGAGGUCCGUGCCACUGGCCACUGCCCCCGUCUUUGAGCAGAAAGCAGAGAUUUCCCUGGUGGCCAACAAACCUGAAAAGGUGGCUCCUUCACGACAGGACAUAUUCCAGGAGCAAUUGGCAGCCAUUCCAGAAUUCAAGAAUUUGGGCCCGCUUUUCAAGUCGUCUGAGGCAGCGCAGUUAACAGAGGCCGAGACCGAGUAUUUUGUUUGCUGCAUUAAGCACGUCUUCUCGAAUCAUGUUGUCUUCCAGUUUGAUUGCACAAACACCCUCAACGACCAGUUACUGGAAAAGGUGACAGUUCAGAUGGAGCCUUCCGAGGCCUACGAAGUCCUCCGCUGCAUCCCGGCUCCCAGCCUGCCCUACAACCAGCCAGGCAUGUGCUACACUCUGGUGCGGCUGCCUCUGGACGACCCAACUGCAGUUGCUUGUACUUUCAGCUGCACAAUGAAAUUCACAGUUCGGGACUGCGACCCCAACACCGGCGUGCCUGACGAUGAUGGCUAUGACGACGAAUACGUGCUGGAAGAUCUGGAACUUACUCUCUCUGACCACAUCCAGAGGAUCCUGAAGCCCAACUUCGCCGCCGCCUGGGAGGAAGUGGGGGAUGACUAUGAGAAAGAGGAAACCUUCGCUCUCAGCACCAUUAAAAGCUUGGACGAAGCCGUGAACAACAUUGUGAAGUUUCUCGGCAUGCAGCCCUGCGAGAGAUCAGAUAAAGUGCCAGAGAACAAGAAUUCCCACACCCUCUAUCUGGCUGGCAUGUUCAGAGGCGGCUUAGAUGUCCUGGUGAGGGCCCGGCUUGCUCUUGGAGACGGAGUGACCAUGCAGGUGACCGUCCGGAGCAUCGUGGAAACCCCUGUGGAUGUCAUCUUGGCUUCCGUGGGCUGACGGCCGUAACAUCUGUCCUGAAGUUGCCCAGUCCUUACUCCUCUUCUGUUCUGCAAGGCACAACAGGGGAUCUGCGGUGCUGCGGAUUUUGUCUGGCGAUUCCCUUUUCCUGUUGUCUGUGUUUAAAGGAAGUGGGGCGUGCCUGUCCUCUUCCUUUUGCUGGGGGCAGGGCGACAGCACUCUGCCCCUUCUUCGCUCCUGUAU